AGUGUGUAUGACUGGCGAAUACAUGCAAUGUGCAUUCUAAUGAAAUGCUUCUUAGUUGCUUCCAGUUACUAGACUGGGGAAAUGAGGCUACAAAUGAAAUUCAAUGCGCCGUACCGUUUAAACAGUCCGAGCUGCAGAGUAGAUGGAUAACCAAUGCAAAACAGUGAUUUAUAUUAUUUUGCAACCCGUUGUAUGUCUUGCAAAACGUUUUUUUUUUUUUAAUUGAAUGCACAUGAUAUGUUUACCCGCCCAUAGUCGGUCGUUGUUUGAUGACGUUUGCAGGGACUUUCCAAGUGCUGUUAUACUAGUCAAGAGGCAAAUGACGGCAGUAGAAAGGGAGGUGAAAACAGUGGGUUUCGCAAAGGUAGAGGCGUUGAAACAUGAAAAAGACUCAAAGCUACGUGUUGUCUUUACUUUAAAGAAAGACCGAGAAAAGCGUUUUUGUGAAAUCUACGAAUAAAUAUAACAAAUGUCAGCACGGCUCCCCGGGGGGGCGGACAGGACAGCCAGCGAGCUGCCUUGCUGUUCUACGGGCGGUGCUGGGAUUUACAGCCGCAGCAUGUCACCAGCAAAACAACAUCCACGGAUGCUCACUGACGAAUUCGCAGUCCCCGAGGAGAGGCAGAGCUUUCUGACAUCUGUCAAACCUAAAGUCGAGUUGCUUUUCAGAGUGGAUUUCACAAUCGUAGGUCUGCUGGACCCGGCCGUGGGUCGCGGAAGCAGAGCAACGAGGCAGAUUUGGGUUCAGUUGACGGGGAUGAAGGAAGACGUAUGGAAGGCCAAGGAAUACGUCAAGGGUGUCUGUAACCCAGAACUGCAAGAGAUGGAGAAGUACCCCAAGGACAUGCACUGCAUAUUUGUUGGUGCGCAGAAAUUAUUCAUCAACUGCCUCAUACAGGACACGAGCGCCGAUGUGUUGGUGGUGGAGAUGGGCUUGCUGUGCAUUUGCGGUGGGACUGAGGCCGUGGUGAUGGCGCAGAGUCACAUUCAGCAGUUUGUAAAGCUCUUCGUAGAAAACCAGAGCUUGCCGAGUAAAAAGGAGCCUUUGGUGAAGAAGGAGUUUAAGAAUUUUGUAGAAUCACAUGCUGAUAAGUAUACCAUGGAGUUACUUCUGUUGCCAAGCUCCCUAAAAGAAGAACUUUUGAGUCUCACCAAGAGCACUGUGCAGCGGCAUACAGGGCUUGAGUUUCAGGACACUUUCGACAAAGUGCAGUCUCACCCGAGGUGUGGAAACAAUGCACCCUGCAUAGACAUAGAAAACCUGCAAGGGGCAGAGAGAGGAAAAGCCUGCACCCCUGUAACAGAACUGUCAAACCAAAUACUGAAUGCCUUUAUCGCAGAGUUUGAAGAGGAUCCGUCUGUGGAGUCAACAGCGCCCAAGGAGAGACAGUCUUGCAAGAGGAGAUCUUCGGGCAGUGAGGAUCGGGAUACAAAGAGGCAGUUUUCACUUGAAAGCAAAGACAACGCCUAUAGUGUCGUCAAGUCUGGCAGCCCCACAUACAUACUCAGCGAUGAGGAUAGUGCAAACACCGAUGGCUCGGUCAUUAUGGUAGACAGCAACGAGGCAGAGGAUGUGAGCCCUGAAACGGAUUAUAACUGCCUGGUGAACUUCUUUAAAACCAUGGGGUAUGCCAGGGAGCUUGUGGUUAAAGUCAUCGAGGAGAUGGGCCAAAGGGAGGAACCUCUUGUGCUUCUCAAACGUAUUGAGGAAGAAAACCAAAAGCUGCAAGGUGGGGAAAGAAAGCACCCCGUCUCCCAAGCUCCUAGCAGCUCAAAAAAGACUUUGUGUGAAGGAUCAAAUAAAUCGGUCCAGCCAGAGUUGCGUUCAAGCAAGGGCAAGGAAAAGCAGAGUAACAUAUUAAGUGAUGUGAAGAACUGCAAGCCUCUGAAUGCCUGUCGGCAAGAAGAACAGCGAAGUGACUCCCUCAGGGUGACCGAGAACAUAUCCUUGUGUCCGCGCAUAAAGCCUUUGAAUGCCUAUCAGCAAGAACAGCAAAGUGACUCCCUCAGAGUGACCGAGAACAUAUCCUUGUGUCCGCACAUAAAGCCUUUGAAUGCCUAUCGGCAAGAACAGCAAAGUGACUCCCUCAGAGUGACCGAGAACAUAUCCUUGUGUCCGCACAUAAAGCCUUUGAAUGCCUAUCAGCAAGAACAGCAAAGUGACUCCCUCAGAGAGACCGAGAACAUAUCCUUGUGUCCGCGCAUAAUAACAAUCGGUGAUGAUGAAGAUGAAAAAGAUAUAGAGACUGACGGGUCCGCUGUGAAACCUGCUUUGAGAUUAGUGAAAGAGAAUGUGACUCUGAAAGAAACAGACUUCAUAGCAAGAGGGAGCUCUGGGAAGCCGUUGUUUAAACCAGUCCCGGUUGAGUCCGUCACUCCUCUGUGGAGCUCAGCAGGACUCUCUUCCAGACAGGACACCAGCCCAGCCCCCGAUAAACUCUCUCGCUGCUCCUCCUCCUCCUUCUUUCAGGCUGUACCUUCCAGGCCGCCUUUACAAUUCAUCGCAACAAUGCCUUCCCAUGAGGCAGCAGCAUCCGUACCCGCAGCUAAACCUCAGAAGCCGAACGCUUCAUGUGUGACAGGAGAGAAACGGUUUCAGGAGUCUCUGAAAACAAAAUACAAGCUGAACCUUGAAAAUAAACCUGGAAGGCCGGAUCUAAAGAACGUCAUCAUUGAUGGUAGCAAUGUGGCCAUGGGGCAUGGGCUGCACAAAUACUUUUCGUGUCGUGGGAUCGCCAUUGCCGUAGAGUUCUUCUGGAAAUACGGACACAGACACAUCACUGUAUUUGUUCCACAGUGGAGACAGAGAUAUGAUCCCCUCACUACAGAGAAGCAUUUCUUAGAAGAGUUGGAAGAGCUGGGGAUUCUGUCCUAUACUCCUGCUAGAAUGUUUUGUGGACAAAGAAUCGCGUCUCACGAUGACAGGUUCUUGUUACACCUGGCAGAAAAAACUGGGGGAGUCAUCGUCACAAAUGACAAUUUAAGAGAAUUUGUAACUGAAUCCGAAGCGUGGAGACAAAUCGUAAAAGAAAGGCUUUUACAAUAUACAUUUGUUGGUGAUAUAUUCAUGAUACCAGAUGAUCCUCUGGGGAGAUUUGGACCAAGACUGGAUGAGUUUAUGCGUAAAGACUUAAGGCAUGGACCUCCACGAGCACAGCUUGGACCUCCAGCAGCAGCUUCCACUGAACCUCCACAGGCUACAGGGCCUGGGCUUCAUACCCCCCCCCUUCCAGCGCACAGCCCCCAUGAUCCUCCGCGCAGAUCUACCGCAGACACGGAGGACGCCAGGAAGCACCUCUAUAAUAUCUUCCCUCAACAAAGACAGAAGAUUGAUCAGAUCCUGUCUGAGCACCCACACAUGAGAGACCUGAAUUCACUGUCCUCACUGGUGCUGGACCUCGAAGGACAGCACGGGUAACAAGCACAGGACGAAAGGCACGGGUAGCAAGCGCAGGAAGAAAGACAUGAGUCGCAAGCGCAGGAAGAAAGACAUGAGUCGCAAGCGCAGGAAGAAAGGCUCGGGUAACAAACACAGGAAGAAAGGCUUGGGUAGCAAGCACAGGAUGAAAGGCACGGGUAGCAAGCACAGGACGAAAGGCACAGGUAGUAAGCACAGGAAGAAAGACAUGAGUCGCAAGCACAGGAAGAAAGACAUGAGUCGCAAGCACAGGAAGAAAGACAUGAGUCGCAAGCACAGGAAGAAAGGCACGGGUAGCAAGCACAGGAAGAAAGGCACGGGUAGCAAGCACAGGACGAAAGGCACGGGUAGCAAGCACAGGACGAAAGGCACGGGUAGCAAGCACAGGACAAAAGGCACAGGUAGCAAGCACAGGAAGAAAGGCACAGACUGUUGCGCGUUUCUUUUUGUUGUGUUUGUGUGCGCGCGAGAAGAAUGUAAAUUAAACUUGAGUUCAAAAUGGUUUGUUUUCAUUGGAAAAGGAAAAAUAUUUUGUUAACAUAACACAUAACAGCUGUGUGUUCAAAAUGUGUAUACUUUCAUUUAAUUAACAUUUAAUUUAUUGCAUCAGGGAGCUAGGUUUGUCAUUAAUCGCUGUGUUACAAUACUCGUUUCUGUAAACCAUGUACAUUGUCUGUCCUUGUAAAAAAUGAAUAUACCCCAACUUGUACAUUUAAAUACCAUACUCAUUGGGUACAGAAUAUUUUUUUAUUUAGGGCAAAACCCCAAACCUUUAUAAUGAAAAACACGGGUUUCUUAUUUUUUUGUGUCAGAUUUGAGCAGUUGCUGUUCUGUUUCAUUAUAGUGUUAAUGAAAGCACUUCUUUGAACUACAGCUGUGGCCAAAAGUUUUGCAUCACCUCAAAUUUUAGGAUUAAGACAAAACAUUUAAAUAAAUGAACAAUAUGAA